AUAAUUUGCAAACAAACGGACUAAAUAUAAAAUUCCGUUAUUAGUCACAAAAAACUAACUAAUUCCCUACUUGUCAUUCCAUGGGUAUUAUAUCAGCAUAGUUCGUAUUCCUUAAGAAAAGUACCAAGAAUAGGAUGAAACAUAGUCGUUUAAUGUUGACAGAAGAUUUAAAAAUAUAAUUAUCCUCUAGAUUAUCUGGAUAAUUCUUCAUUAAGGAUAAGUCACUAGUUGAUACAACUUCAAAGUAUGCUUGCAUGUGCAUGAUGCAUAUAUGAAGACAAAUCUAAUAUGGCUGGUUCACGAAGAGGAUUAGUAGCUCCACAAAAUAUAUUCCUUGAAACAGUCUUAAGGAGGUUUAGCACUCCACAGACGGGACUACUGAUCGCCAACGCCCGAAUUGUUGACCAUCCCAUAAUUUAUGUGAAUGAAAGUUUUACAAAACUGACAAACUAUACUAGUCGUGAAAUGAUGCAUCAAAAUGCUAUCUGUCGUCAACUUCACGGUAAAAGAACGUCGACCAAUUCAGUAGAAAGAUUACAAAAUGCCCUAGAUAAAGGAUAUUUUGAUCAAGUGGAAAUUACUUUAUAUAAAAAGAAUCGUUCAAUGAUAUGGGUUAUCAUGUGUGUGGCACCAGUUGAAAAUGACAAACAUGAAACACCUCUAUAUCUUGUUUUGUUUUACGAUAUAUCCCCGUUGAGACAACCUUUGGAUGAUGAAACACUGAGCGGAAGUCUUAGUAAAUUUGCUAAACUAGCACGCUCAGUGGCACGUAAUAAAACAGUGUUAUCACAAGUGGAACUGGACGAUUCUCUGGUUGCUGUUGCUCCUAUACAAAGUAACAGUAUACCCAAAUAUCGUCAGGAGUCGCCGAAAACCCCACCCCAUGUUGUACUGCAUUAUUUAACCUUUAAAACUGCUUGGGACUGGAUUAUCUUCCUGCUAACCGGAUAUACGUGUAUAAUUAUCCCCUAUAGUGUUGCAUUUGGUCAUCAUUCGUUAUCAGAAGAAUCAGUAUAUUUUGCUGUAGAGCAUAUAGUUGAUAUAAUAUUCUUCAUUGAUAUUGUAUUAAAUUUUCACACAACAUUCGUUGGUCCAUCUGGUGCUGUUAUCUCAGAUCCGGUUUUAAUACGUUUAAAUUACUUGAAAGGCUGGUUUGUAGUUGACUUGAUAUCUUCACUACCGUUUGGAAUUCUCGCUAUAUUCAGUGAUAAUACCACCUUAGUAAAUCUGUCAAGCAUACUUAAAUUGGCUCGUCUAUUAAGACUGUGUCGAGUUUUACGGAAGCUGGAUCAGUACUUGGAAUAUGUUGCUUCAAUCCUGUUGGUUAUGCUAUUCUGUUUCAUACUACUAGCUCAUUGGCUAGCUUGUGUAUGGUAUUUAGUUGGAAUGCAUGAUUUAAAAGAUAAAAUUUAUCAUGGAUGGGUUAUACAUUUGGUGAAUGAAACAACUGGUCCAAAAAACUGGAGUAAUACAUCAUGGGAAGAUCAUUUACCCUCACAGUCUAUGCUGUAUAUGACAUCAUUUUAUUUCACACUUUCUGUGAUAACAAGUAUUGGAUUCGGAAAUGUAGCCGCAAACACUACUUCAGAAAAGAUUGUUUCUGUUGUCUUUAUGCUAAUUGGAGCCCUAGUUUAUGCAACAAUAUUUGGUAAUGUCGCAACCAUUUUACAACAAACACAUGCAACUCGUGCCAGAUUACGACAGUUAAUGUCCAGUGUAAAAGAUUUUUUAAGAAUUCAUGAAGUACCCAAAGAACUAGCAGAACGUGUAAUUGACUACGUAACUUCAAGUUGGUCCAUUACCAAAGGUGUAGACACUCAAACAGUACUUAAUCAUUGUCCAAAAGAUAUGAAAGCCGAUCUUUGUGUUCAUCUUUAUCGCGCUGUAUUCAGUGAACAUCCAGCCUUUCGACUAGCUAGUGAAAGUUGUCUACGUGCUUUGGCUGUCUCUUUCACCGUUCAGCAUACAGCUCCUGGUGAUUUAAUUUUUCAUCAAGGUGAAAGUAUUGAUCAAUUGUGUUUUGUAGUAUCUGGAUCUUUAGAGGUGAUACAGGAUGAUGAGGUUGUAGCAAUUCUGUCGAAAGGUGAUAUAUUCGGUCAACCUAUAUUUAAAGAUACAGAUGUAGGCCAAAGUGCUGCUAGUGUACGUGCCUUAACCUACUGUGAUUUGCAAUGUAUUAAACGUGACAAACUUAUAGAUAUACUCAAGUUCUAUUCACAGUUUGCAGUUUCAUUCUCUCGUACACUUGUACUCAGUUAUAAUUUACGGAAUCGUUUAAUAUUUCGAAAGAUAUCUGAUGUUCGAAGAGAACAAGAAUUAAACGAAAUGAGGCGUACGCAACCUCCAAUAUCGAGUUUAGCACCAGAUCAUCCAGUUAGACGUUUAAUAACCCGGUUUUGCAGUGCUGCUACUUCUAACUUAAGCCGUUCAAGCUCUUUCAGCUCAAAUGAACCCAGAGAAAGUGGUAAAAUGAGUGCAAAGUCAAACGACACUUUUUUAAAUGUUACAAAUCCAAUACAAGAAACCACAUGUUCAUCAGGAAAUGCUAUGAGUCCGAUGAAACCAAAAUUAAGUUGGAGUCGACUUCUUGAUGUGCCUAAAAUAACAACAACAACAAUACUAACAACAGUAACACCUAAUGCAACUACUACCACUACUAUUACAACAGCAAUAGCAUCCCCCAGUUGUCCGCUGAGAGAGAAAACCAAUAGGUUUAUACAAGAAGAAAACGAAAAGCCACAAGAAACUAAAAUACAACCGUCACAUGAAUUAUUGCAUAAAAGUAAUAACAAUAAAUUAAUUACUUAUAGUAAUGAAAAUGAUUUCGAAGGUGCACAAGAAAAAUUUCAUAGAUCAGUCAUGUUACAUAUUGAAUCAAUACGAAACAAUUUUUUAACUAGUAUACAGAUUUUAUCAACUCGCAUAGACUUGAUCGACCAGAGGAUAACUCAAAUAACACUACUGAUGAAUAAUAGUAAAUGAAAGGAAGUACAAUAACUGCUGUGUGAUACAAACUGAUUGGUUCCAACUAAAAAAAUCAUACCACUAAUGAUGAUAGUAGUAGUAGAGUAAGCGGAAAAAAGAAAAUCAGAUGAUUACCUUUCAAAUGCAUAUUUUAAUUUAUUUUAUUAGACUAAUUUGAAAUGAGUACCCCAAAGAUUCUUUACAGUAUUCAUAUACUUUUUUAUGAAUAAAUCAUUACUCAUUUC